AUGCCGAACACUAAGAUUACGGUGGGUGAGAACAUCACUGGAUUUUUCAGGAGUCUUGAAAUCGACAACACGUGUGGUACACUACCAGGAGAUCGUCAAAUCACCGCUUGUUGUUGUGAUUCCAGCAGUAACUGCAACGUCGCCAAUUACGCUAUGAUCAUUCCACCUACUCCAUCACCACCUGAGGAGCCAAUUUCUUGCUGGAGUGGUGUGUACGUGGACGGAAGACCUGUCACGAAUGCUGGGUUCACCACCUGCUUUGGAGAUUGCGCUUCGCUCACUCUACAGACCAAUUACAACAGUGAAAUGCACAAUGCCACCAUCUACAUGUGCGAUCCAACUGCUGUCUGUCAAGCUUUG